CACAUCACAGCAGUAUAAGGUAUACAUACAUACACAUACACACACACAUCACAGCAGUAUAAGGUAUACAUACAUACACAUACACACAUCACAGCAGUAUAAGAUAUUCAGUACAUAAACACAUAACAGUUCAGUCAGCGGAUUAGCAUCUCCUAGGAUGGCGAAGGAAUGUCCCGCCCUACUCUGCCUCUGAUUGGCUAGUACUCGGUGCCUUCGUUGGUUGGAUUGGAUGGGUUUAGGCAUGGCCAAGGUAAGCCAAUCAGAGGCAGAGUAAACCAGAAAAAAAGGCGGGACAUUCCUUCCCCAUCCUAGGAAAACGCUUAUUCUCGUUCAGACGGACCAUCUGAACCGUUAAGUGUCUCCCUGUCCGGCUCGUUCAUGUGUCACGUGCACAUUGUUUCUAAUAUUACAUGUUGUAGCUGAAGGAGACAGAUCAGUUGUCGGAGGAUGGAUGUGUGUGUGAUCCGUGUCAGUCACUGUGAGAAGGAGAUCUUCUGCUUCUCGGUGCCAGAGGAGUGUCCCAGCUGUGGGGAGCAGCUGAGGGGGAGCAGACUGCAGGAGGCGCCGGUCAGCCUGCCCUCCCCCCUCACCAACGGACACAAGACGUCCUGCUGCCUUCUGGUCGCUCCCGCACAGGACAACACACACAGAGAGUUUGAUGGGAUGUCAGAUCUGCACACUGGUGUCUCCAACACUUCAGGAGUGGUGUAUAACUACACUCAGAGUGGUGUUGUUCGGGAUCAGAGCGGCUGGGAGAGUUGUGUCAGUGUUCCUCUGGUCCGGCCCGACAUGUUCCCCCUGCUGGCUCAGUGGGACCGGUACCUGGACCAGUUCUCUGAUGGACCCAUGUGGGACCCCGCCUGGCACAGGUUCGACGAGGAGCACCAUAACUGCUUCACGUUCUGUCUGGGCUUCAUCAACAGCGUCCUGGCAGCAGAGGGGCGGAGCCCUGUGAGCAGAGACACCUUCACUCACAGCUUCAUCCUGCCGAGGAUGAGGAGGGUCACCAAGUACACCACGCUGUACCGCCACAUCCAGAGACACCAGUACUACAUGGUGGACAGACAGCAGGACACAGCAGCUAAACCAGACAUAUUUUAGUCUGUUGGACUGGAACUCAGCCCUCAGAGUGUGGAUGGACCCCUCAUCUACAGUCCCAUGGAGAGAAAUAGAGCAAAACCUCACUGGACGUCUAAAGCGUGUUUUACAGUAACCGCA